UGGUGCCGUCGGUCGGGCCUGGCCCGGUCCGUGGUCCCGGCGCUGCCAUGAGCCAGUUCAGCUUCGGGACGGGCGGCGGCUUCACUCUGGGCACGUCGGGCACCGCCGCCAGCACGGCCGCCACCGGCUUCUCCUUCUCGUCCCCCGCGGGCUCGGGGGGCUUCGGGCUGGGGAGCGCGGCGCCGGCGGCCGGCAGCAGCAGCCAGUCCUCCGGGCUGUUCUCCUUCAGCAGGCCCGCGGCCACCGCCGCGCAGCCCGGCGGCUUCAGCUUCGGGACGGCGGGCACGAGCAGCGCGGCUCCGGCAGCCAGCGUGUUCCAGCUGGGGUCAAACACAUCAACAGUCAGCUUUGGAAGCAGUUCUGCAACUCCAGCCACGGGAAUCACAGGGAACUUUACGUUUGGUAGCUCGGCACCGACCAGCGCGCCCUCAAGUCAAGCAGCAGCUCCUGGCUUUGUGUUUGGAUCCGCUGGCACCAGCAGCACCGCUCAGGCUGGGACAACUGCAGGGUUUACCUUUUCCAGCGGCACCACGACUCAGGCCGCAGCAGGCAGCUUGAGCAUGGGUGCUGCAGUGCCGCAGACAGCAGCCACGGGGCUGAGCUUUGGAGCAGCACCUGCGGCUGCUGCCACCUCUGCUGCCACCUUGGGAGCUGCAACCCAGCCUGCAGCCCCGUUCAGCCUUGGGGGGCAGAGCACAGGCCUGAACUUUGGGUCAUUAUCUUCCACUGCAGCCACUAGUGCACCCACGGCAACAGUGAGCACAAGUACCAGCUCGGGACCUGCUCUGUCUUUUGGAGCCAAACUUGGAGUUACGUCCACAUCUGCUGCAACUGCCUCUACCAGCACAACCUCUGUUCUUGGCUCAACGGCGCCAACUUUGUUUGCAUCUGUAGCAAGUUCUUCAGCCCCAGCAUCAUCUACCACCACAGGCCUCUCACUUGGUGCCCCUUCCACUGGGACAGCCAGUCUUGGGACGCUUGGGUUUGGGUUAAAAGCUCCUGGAACAACAAGUGCUGCCACAACAAGCACUGCCACUGGCACCACUACUGCUUCUGGCUUUGCUGUGAAUCUUAAGUCAUUAACUACAACUGGUGCCCCGGCAGCUGUGACUUCUACAGCUGCCAUCACCACAACAACUAGCACCAGUGCACCUCCAGUGAUGACCUAUGCCCAGCUGGAAAGUUUGAUAAACAAGUGGAGUCUGGAACUGGAAGACCAGGAGAAACACUUUCUCCAUCAAGCUACACAAGUUGAUGCCUGGGAUCAGAUGCUGAUAGAGAAUGGAGAGAAGAUUUCCUCAUUGCACAGAGAAGUAGAGAAAGUGAAGCUUGAUCAGAAGAGACUGGAUCAGGAGCUGGACUUCAUCCUGUCCCAGCAGAAGGAGCUUGAAGACUUGUUGACCCCUCUGGAGGAGUCUGUGAAGGAGCAGAGUGGGACCAUUUACUUGCAGCACGCAGAUGAAGAGCGGGAGAAGACCUAUAAACUGGCUGAAAACAUAGAUGCUCAGUUGAAGCGCAUGGCACAAGAUCUGAAGGACAUCAUUGAGCAUUUGAAUACAUCAGGAGGCCCAGCAGAUACGCGUGACCCGCUUCAGCAGAUCUGUAAGAUCCUGAAUGCCCACAUGGAUUCAUUGCAGUGGAUUGACCAGAACUCAGCCGUGUUGCAGAGGAAGGUAGAAGAGGUGACAAAGGUUUGUGAGAGGCGCCGCAAGGAGCAAGAGCGCAGUUUUCGGAUCACGUUUGAUUGAAUGGUUCAGUUUAAUGGAUCAACCUAAAAUCUCCACAUAAAAGAGGUUUUUUUUUGGGGACCUAUGUCUCAAAUCGUUACGUGGGUUUGUUUCUUUUCUUGCAGUAAAAUGUGUUGUUUGUUCCAGAGCCAGUCUUUGCAGUGUGUGUCUGGAGCUCACCCACUCCAGUCUGAGACUGCAUGAGGUUUGUGCAGAAAGUCUGUGCUCUUUGUUCUUUUUAACUGCCUGCAGAGGGGUGAGAAACACAAA